GUGCCUCCGCACGGUGGUUCCGGCAAUUGUUUUCUCAGAUUGAGUGGACCGAUCAGUGGGAUCCACGGACGAUAUCUACCCCGCCAUACUCUAAAUCGCACCGCAGUCAACAAAACACAUUCGGACCAUUCGGAUGCCACUCAUUCCGUACUGGCUCUUGGAUAAUAAAUACUGAGGUAUUAUAGUAUUUAUACGCCAAUAUUUGUUUAUGCAAUUUUGAAGGCUUUUUCCUGUUCGGAUCCCAAAACCAUGCCCUCAGACCAGAGAUCCACAUAUACCAAUCCAGAUGCCAAAGCGUACAAUCUCCCUGAGCUUGCCGAUGCGCAAACGGUGAGGAAAUUUCACGAGAGUCUGCCAGAAUACAGCCCUACUCCCCUCGUGUCUCUUGGGGAGCUGGCAGAAAAGUUUGGAGUGAAGAGUAUCUUCAUCAAAGAUGAAGGAAAUCGGUUGGGACUCCCGUCGUUCAAAAUCCUUGGCGCCUCUUGGGGAACAUUCCGAGCAAUAGCGUCCAAGCUCGAUCUUUCCCUUGAUAGUAGCCUUGAUGAUCUCUCAGAAGCUGCCAAAAAUGCAUCCAUCAAACUAUUCGCUGCCACGGAUGGAAAUCAUGGACGGGCCGUUGCAUACAUGGCAAAGCUUCUGCAAAUAUCAGCUGAGAUAUAUGUCCCAACGGCUGUAAGCAGCCAUGCUCGGGAAUUGAUUGCUGCAGAAGGCGCUGAAGUGAUUGUUAUUCAAGGCGACUACGACGAUUCCGUACGUAUUGCUGCUGAAAAAUCAACCACGUCACCCAGUGGGCUUCUGAUCCAGGACAUGGCUUUUGAAGGAUACGACUAUAUCCCGUCUUGGAUUGUUGAUGGAUACUCUACGAUGUUGCAUGAAGUCGGUUCUCAGCUCGAAGAGAAAGGGUUAAAGCCCACAAUCAUCAUCACGCCAGUUGGAGUGGGCUCCCUUGCAACAGCCGUCGUCACUCACGCCAAGUCCGGAGGGCGUUCGAUUACCAUACUUGCAGUUGAGCCCGAUACCGCAGGAUGCCUUCACACCAGCCUGAAAGCUAGUCAAAUGACCCCCAUCAAGACACCCGGGACUAUCAUGACGGGCCUGGACUGUGGCACGGUCUCAACUGCUGCUUGGCCAGUCCUCCGGGCUGGUAUUGAUGCCAGUGUCACUGUCUCCGAUUCUUCGUGCCAUGAUGCAGUGCUGUAUCUGACGAGGCAUGGCAUUUUUCUUGGGCCAUGCGGUGCUGCUGGUCUAGCUGCACUCUUGAGCAUCGGGCCUACGGAACCUGAGUCUAUCGGACUAAAUUCGGACUCUGUGGUUGUCAUCUUGGGCACUGAGGGGCCCCGGCCGUAUUUUGACAGCCUUUGAUAUAUCCUCAAGGUUAUUGCGAGACUGGGUUGAGACGAGAUGCCUCCUCAGAACUGUACUGUCAACUACUUUCCCAGUUUGACGAGCCAAACAGAUCAACUAUAUUCACUGCUAUUAAUAUACUAUAAUGUUUAUAAUGUUGAUAUAAUUUAUAUUUAUAUUUCUGAGUGGCUAACUUAUUGAUUGCAGCCCGAAGUGGCUGCAUGCUUUUCUUCAAAUUACAGAUGGUGAAACACUCCACAGUCUCUCUAACACGUCCGGCCAUCACCAGCACCCCUUCUUAGCGGCCGCGCCAGCCUCCAG